AUGGCGAGAAUGGUGAACGAGAAAGGCUGUGAAGUAGAAACACAGAGCCCCGAACCGCAGGGGCCGGGUCGGGGCUCGGCCAGAUGGGGCCCACAACACGCCGGUGCCCGAGAGCUGGCUAAUUUAUACUCUCCAGGCAAAAGAUGUCAAGAAUGGAUAAGUGUCUGCCUCUGCUUCUCUCUCAUGGCCUUCAAUUUCAUUCACCUCCUUGCCAAUUUCCACCUGGGACAUUUUUGGUCCAUCAUGUUGGGCAUUGUGGCAGGAAUACUCACCGCAGACUUUGCGUCAGGACUCGUUCACUGGGGUGCUGAUACGUGGGGGUCAGUGGAUCUACCCAUCGUUGGAAAGGCCUUUAUACGACCAUUUAGAGAGCACCACAUCGACCCCACAGCCAUCACCCGUCACGACUUCAUUGAAACCAAUGGUGACAACUGCAUGCUGACCAUAGUCCCGCUCGCAAACAUGGCCUUCAACUUUCUCACCCUCUCCCCCGCGGAGAUUUACCAUAUCUACCCCUUGUACUGCUACUUGUAUGCACUGGCCAUCUUUGUGACGCUCACUAACCAGAUUCACAAGUGGUCUCACACGUACUUCGGUCUCCCCCGCUGGGUCGUGCUCCUGCAGGACUGCCACAUCAUCCUUCCUCGCAAGCACCACCGCAUCCAUCACGUCUCCCCACACGAGACGCACUUCUGCAUCACCACAGGUUGGCUGAACUACCCGCUGGAGAAGCUGGGUUUCUGGAGGAACCUGGAGGAUAUUAUCCAGAGUGUGACGGGAGAGAAGCCCAGAUCGGACGACCUGAAAUGGGCUCAUAAAGUCAAGUAACGCCGCAGGCUAACUGCACCCUACCUCAGAAGACGCUGGCUCCGUCCAGGCUUCUCAUCCCCUCUUUGCCUCACUUUAAACUGUAAUCCAUUGGAAGAAAAAACUAACAAUUUCUGAUGCCAUAGCUUUAAGUCUUGCACAUUUUGUCUGUUUUUCAAGAGGAGGGCUUUGUUGAUGGAUUUUUAUUUUUUUUUCAUAACUCACGAUGGAGAUCAUCAACUCAAAUUGCAAUAUAUCCUUAUAUACUCUGUGUAUGUCUAACACAACUCAUCAGUUUUUUUUUUUGUUUUUUUUUGAGGUGUUUAACAGAAGGCUUUUUGGAAAGAACAAUUGGUCAGACGCAUAAAUUUGCAAUCGCUUUCCAAAGAGAUUAAAAGAUUUCAACUCACUUCAGAAAAUUCAAACAAUCCCGAUCAAGAAUACUUGAAAGAGGACAAAAAAAACCAACACUUUUUUUCUUUUUCUUUUUUUACCUCCUUCAGAGCCACCGCUGUUCAUUUGGAGAGGUGAUAGAUCGAAUUAUAUUUAGUGCUGCUUUAUUUUCUCUGGAUCGGUCUUUGAGUCUGUUUUAAUGUGUAAGUGAUAGAAUUGGAUUAAGGGGUAAGUAGUAAGUAGUACAGUCGGGGGUGAAACAGGGUUUUCAGAUGCUUUACCAAUGUUAAUAGCUAAAGAACAAAUUGGUUAAUUACUGUUACAUUUUUUUGACCAUUUUGGGUUCAGCUGCACACUGUAGGAACUUUUUUUUUUAAACCAGAGGUGAUAAUAAUAUGUGAUUUUUUUUACAACAAAUAUUCAACCAGUACCCGCCGUUGCUUCUAGCUACUCGCUUCAAACCAAGACGCAGCCAUAUUUAAUAGGUCAGUCAUGGCUUUGUCAGUCUGAAACAAUGAUUACAGUUACACUUUAAUGCCAAAAUCAUCUCACCAGGAUGCUAAACGACAAGUCUGACAGCUCAGAAAACAAACCAAAAAGAAUAAAUGCCAAAUUGGCUGUCAGAUUGAAACUUUCUGGAUGAUAUCUGCAUUGUAAAAAAGUAGAUUUCAGUGUCUAAUGAUAAAGGAAACUCAGAAGAUUAAUCAAUUUUCAGGAAAAGUGUUAACAAGGAAGUAAUUUGAUAGGAAAAACUGACAUUAACGUGUGUAACUUUAGUCAGUGUUGAUUCUAGGCCAUUAAGGAAAUGUGUCUGUGUCGCUCUGGGCCUUGCUAGGUAAUCUUCUCAGAUGAUCAUGUGUCUUAAGUGAAAAGCAUUUUAGAUUCUGACUCAUUAGCAGUCAGGAAAGAGACACAUGCAGUUUUGUCGAGCUGCCUUACAUGCCGCAGAUGCAGUACUUGUGUGUGUAUGUUUUUUACUUUUUUCUUCUUCUUCUUUGCGUUGCUGCGAUGAUUAUUCUGUCUUUCUGGGAUCUGUCUCUCUCGGAGUUUAACAGACGCAGAUACUCCAAAGUUACGUGCCAACUUGAUGUAACAUUGUUCUCACUCCUCACAUCUUGCUCUUUUUGUAUUGUGGGAAGGAAAUGUUGGUUUUAGGGCGUGACAUUCCCCUUGUGUAAUGUUGCCACUGUGUACUGUCUCGGUAACAGUGACAAGCAGACGCUGUGAUGUUACAAGGGCUUCAGUGGAGGCUGACGAUCCAGGAUUUUCUUCACUCUAUAGAUGAGAUUAUGUAAUUAAGUAACUGGUUGAAGGUUGUUUUUUUUUAAUGCUUUAGUCAGUAAUGUAAAUGUAUUGUACAGCAAAUAACUAUGCAGUGUAAUAAGAGGCCCUUAACUAUACGUCUUAACUCUUCUGAUUAGAUUAAAAUGCCUUUCUUUUUCUAAUAGUUUUCAGAUAUUUGAAAAGUCAGAGAAACUGGAGCUUGAAGAUUUAGCUACUUAUAAAAAGUGCAUGGCAAAAAUUACUUUCAAUUGUUUUAAAUGAACUAAUUAAUGAACAUGUCACUUACACAGAUGUAAGAAUGCAUGUGUGCAUACAGCAUGUGGGGCUUGUGCAAGCAAUACACCAGGGUCACCAGCUUUCCUUUGAGUUUGUGUGAAACAGAAACUAACCAGGGAGGAUGAUGGAUGAUAUUUAUCGA